CUUGGGUAUUGUCGACUGCUAUUGGCUGGGAGCUCCUGGAGUAUUCAGUACUGUCUGACUUGUUGAAGGAGAAGCAUUUUGGAUCUCACUCUCUCGCUAUUUCACCAAUUUACACCACUCCAGAAUGGCGGACAUGGAGACGGAAGAUGUACUAGGAACUUCAGGAAAGGAGCUGCCAGCAGCAAAAUUCACACCGGUGGACUACAUCAUCUUCAGCCUCAUGGUUUGUGACAUCCAUCGGUAUCGGAGUAAUCAGCGGCAUCAGGAGCCGCAGUAGAGCUACCACACAAGAGUACCUCUUGGGAAGCAGGACAAUGUCGCCGGUACCUGUAGCAUUUUCUCUACUUGGAGGAGCCAUAUCUGCUAUUAGUCUUUUAGGUAACCCCGCCGAGAUGUACUUCUUCGGCACACAACUUGUUAUGAACUUACUGGGAUUCAUCCCGGGUUGUCUCUUCAUUAGUCAAGUCAUCACACCGAUAUUCUACCAACUUAAACUCGUCUCAAUCACUGAGUAUCUUCAAGUGAGGUUUGAAUCACGAUUGCUGAAAACUCUGGGAACUUUGUGUCUGCUGUUAUUUAACUUCAUCCACAUGGGCUUGUGUUUAUAUGCUCCAACUUUGUCACUGUCUAUAGUCACUGGUCUCUCUACGUCCACAUCGAUACUCAUCCUGGGCUUCGUAUGCACAUUCUACAUUACAAUUGGAGGUGUGAAGGCUGUUGUUUACACUGAUGUGCUACAGACAUUGAUUUUGCUCAUCGGGAUGCUGCUGGUUGUGAUCAUCUGUACCACUGAUGUUGGUGGUGUUGGUAGCGUCUGGUCCGUCGCUGAACGAGGAGGUCGCAUCAUAUUGUUUGAGUGAGUCUUUCAUCAGUGCUCUUAUAUCAUCCUUUAAUUGGUGUUAACUAAAACAAAGCAAUAAUUCUGCAAGUGCUGCCCAAAAUACCUCUGCUUUAUUUGCUCCAGUCAUAUUAUGAUAUGUAAGCACACACUGUAACCUUAGCAAAGAAAUAAAUAGUUUAUUUAUUUAA